AUGCCCCUUGCGGGACUAGGAAUGGUGCUCUGGUCGACUUUGAGCAAUGGGGAAAUUGACAGCACGCAGUUGGAGGAUUCUGAUGGCCCAAGAAUACCUCCCACGGCGAUAUUAGCUUGGGGCAUCACAUCACAAUUCAACGCGGUGAUCGGGAUCAAUUCUGCUCUACUAGUGACCGUGCCUGAUCUUGCGAGGUACUCAAAGACAAGUCAAGCACAAGCAUGGGGUCAACUCAUUGGUCUACCACUCGGUCAAACCCUUUGUGGAGUAUUUGGAGUCAUUACUACAUCUGCGGUCAGAUCAAUGUAUGGAGAGGCCUAUUGGAACCCAGACAGCCUCCUUGACGCUAUACUGGAUCACUCUCAUGGCUCCAAGGCCCGAGCAGGAGUAUUUUUUGCAUCAGCGUGCUUUGCCUUUGCCACACUGGGCACCUCAAUAGCAUGCAACUUCAUUCCAUUUGCAGCUGACGUGACGAGCUUAUUACCUCAGUACAUCAAUAUCGUUCGUGGUCAACUGCUCUGCCUUUUCAUCGCUUUCGCAAUUGUGCCAUGGCAAAUUGUCGCGACAGCAAACGGUUUUCUCAAUUUUAUUGAUGGUUAUUCCAUUUUUCAGUUCCCGAUCACUGCCAUCAUGAUUGUGGAUUAUUUUGCGCUACGCCAUGGCAAUCUGACGGUAGCGGAUUUAUACAACGCAGAAUCCAGCGGCACAUACUUCUGCUACUAUGGCUUCAACCUCAGAGCAUUUUGCGCAUUCGUUAUAGGGUUUACUCUUCCGCUUCCUGGACUCAUAGGAAGCUUUGGGCACUCCUUCAGCAUCGUUUCAGACAGAUUGUACUCGUUAGGUUGGUUUUUGAGCCUAACAAUGGGAUCGCUGUCGUACUACGUUGCUUGUCGGGUUUGGCCGGUACCAGGACAUGAUAGGGAUCAUCCAUUCGAAGCCAAGGUAACGGAACACACAACGUGGAACAUAUCUGACAGAGACGAGAUGGAUUGCGAGAUGCCAGCUCGCGAAGACCAGGUCUCGAAGGAGGCUACAGCCCAGCACAAGCACCAAUCAGCCUUAAAUUGA